AGGUACUUAAUGUUGAACUUUGUCACCUCUGUGUCAAGAAGAAUGUAUUUUGGUUGACAGUAUCAAAGUCGUCACUGCUUUGCAGCUCUCUGAGGAGCACCAGCUCUAAGACAGGAGGAAGAUCUGAACCUGCUAAGCAGUCACUUAAGAAACCGAAGUUACCAGUAGGUCGAUUUGAUGAACCAGAGGAGUCCAGUAUAGAGAGGGAGCCCCUGGAAAAAUUCCCUGAUGGAAUCAAUCCUGCUACAAAAGAGAGGGGUGGACCUAGAGGCCCUGAACCUACACGUUUCGGAGAUUGGGAGAGAAAAGGACGUUGUAUAGAUUUUUAA